AACGCCCACAACCUCAGCACCUUUCGAGAUGCGCCCCUGGCCGAGAUAUCCGGCUCUCUGGGCGACCUGGGCACGCUGCUUCCCCUGAUGAUCGCUCUCGCCGCCAAGGGGUACAUCGACCUGGGCUCGACGCUUGUCUUUUCCGGCGUCUUCAAUGUGCUCACCGGCCUUGUCUUUGGCAUACCCUUGCCGGUGCAGCCCAUGAAGGCCAUCGCCGCCGCCGCCAUCUCCGCGCGCGAAGACCCCUCCAUGGGCGUCGUCGUCGCCGCGGGCCAAUGGGUUGGCGCAGCAGUCUUUCUCAUGAGCAUCACGGGCCUCCUCCGCGCCGCCGUGGCCUUUGUGCCCAUCCCCGUCGUCAAAGGCAUCCAGCUCGGCGCAGGCCUCUCCCUCAUCAUCGGCGCGGGCUCGUCCCUCCUGCAGCCGCUUCACUGGCUGCAUCCCGCGCUGGACAACCGCCUCUGGGCCAUGGCGGCCUUUCUCGUCCUCAUCUUCACGCAGGACAAGCCGCGGUUCCCCUAUGCGCUGGGCUUCUUCCUGCUGGCCCUCGUGCUGGCCCUCGUCCAGGUGCUGGCUUCCGACGACCAGAGCAGCUUGCCUUGGUUCCAGGUGUGGCGGCCGCGCUUUGUGCUUCCGUCGUGGAUUGGCGCGGGGGACGCCCCGGCUCUGUGGAUGGCGGUUGGGCAGCUUCCCCUGACGACGCUGAAUUCCAUCAUCGCGGUGAGUGCGCUGGCCAGCGACUUGCUGCCGGAUAUACCCUCUCCGUCCGUCACGUCUAUAGGUUUCAGCGUGGCGCUCAUGAACCUCUCGGGAACCUGGUUUGGAGCCAUGCCCGUGUGCCACGGCGCCGGAGGCCUGGCAGCUCAAUAUCGCUUCGGAGCGCGCAGCGGCGCCAGCGUAAUCAUCUUGGGUCUUUUCAAAGUCGCCUUGGGACUAUUAUUCGGCCAGACGCUCGUCAAUCUACUAACGGAGAUCCCACAUGGCCUUCUCGGCGUCAUGGUCGUGGCGGCCGGCUUGGAGCUGGCCAAGGUUGGGCACACGCUGAACCAAGGCGCCCCUGAUUUGUGGCACGAAUCUGCUCGGCAGGGCGGCCUUGUCAGCCCGAGAUUACAUCGACAGCUAUCGGAUGAGGAACGUCUGGAACGAUGGACCAUUAUGCUGGUGACGACGGCUGGUAUCUUGGCCUUUAAGAAUGACGCAGUUGGCUUCCUGGCUGGCAUGCUUUGCCAUUUCUCGUAUAGGCUCUCGGAACGAUUC